ACAUGGCGCGAUUCAAAUAUCACAACAAGGUCUCGAAGAAUUUUCACAUGUAAACUCAGCUUAAUGUUGCUUAAUUCAAUGCGAGUGCGAUGACCUUUUUGAAUUCACUUAAUUGCAAUUCCUCGUGUGGAGAAUUAAAGAAUAUAUAUAUACACGUAUAUAUACCCGAUAAAAUUUCCAACCGAUGGAAAACCGAUACCCAUUUUAUAUAUAUAUAUAUAUAUUGUGAACGUGAAAGUAGGAAACAAACAAGAAUUUGUCCCCGCCAAUCGCCUAUUUUAUACAUAUAUAUAUAAAAAAAAAAUUAAUCAAGAACAACAGGUGUUGUUUCGACGUUGAAUUAUGUCCAGUGAAAGUGUAUAUAAAAUAUAACGUUAUAUUAGAUAUUAACGCAACGAGGAAGAUAAAAGUACAUUUUGCUUUUGACAAAAAGUUCUGAAUUAAUUAUUCAUGAAAUCAUAUACCACCCACGGUCGCGCAUGCGCACGAGAUAAGGAACCGAGAUAAGAUUGUUUUCACGUCCGUUCCCUAUUUUUGCGAUACAACGACAGAAUAGAAAUUGAGAUAAAUUUUCUUUUUUUUUCAACAAUCGAGGUUGAGGACGAUCGGUCUCGAAAUCGAAUCGCUUCGUCGAAAUGGAGAAACGGAAUGGAAGGAACUGGUGGAAGAAAAAAUUGAUUGCUGAAACUCGAUAAACCAGUAUAAUAACGCGUAACGUGUAGCGAAUAAGGUGGUGAAUCGAGUUUGCGAAAUUAUUCCCGAGUUUGUUUCGCUGGGUAUCGGGAAUGGUAGGGGGAUACGAUUAUGAGCGCUUAAAGGAGAACGCACGGCUUCGUUAAAUGAAUUCUGCGAAGUUAGCAGAGUAGUCCGGUAGCGAACCGCCUUCGUCCAAGUCGAGUGAGCGAGUGAGCGAGCGAAUGAGCGAGCGAGCGAGUGAGUGAGUGAGUGAGUGAGUGAGUGAGUCACCACGAUCAUGACAAAAUCGUCCCGCUCGUCGUAUAAUUGCUCAGCUUAUCUGUAUAAGUAAAUUAAAAAAGUGAAGCGUGCGCGAUCGGUAGUAGCGAUGCGAGCAAGCUGAAUGACACUUGGCCGAAUUUAUUAUUCGAUUCUCUGUGCGGUGCGGUAAACUGUGAACCGUCGUGUGUGUGCGCGCGUGUGUGUGUUUGCGCGUCGCGUGUGCGUACAUGUGUGCGCAAAUCGAGAACAACAAGAGAGAAGCUGAAGGAAGAGGGAAAGAAAAAAAUUUGAAAGGUGAAAGAUAUGGAAAGAACUACGUUGACCGAAUGGGAUAAACUUCCUUCCAUCAAGGUAGGCGACUUCACGCUCGAGGUCGAAUUUGGCCCACCUGGCAAGGAGUUGCAGGAGAUAGCGAAGAAUGAACUUCGAGAGACGCCUGAACUUCAGAAGGAUGCGAUCGCCCGACUUAGGGAAUUGCUAAAAGCCGAGACAGAUUUGAAAUGCCCCGUGGAGAACGACGCCUGGCUGAUCCGAUUUCUCAGGCCUUGCAAAUAUUAUCCGGAAUCGGCGUUGAAUCUGGUUAAGAAUUAUUACAAUUUCAAAGUGAAGCACUCGAACGUCUACGAGAAUUUGAAACCGAGCAAAGAGAAAAAUAUAUUCGAGCAAAACAUUCUGUCCGUGUUGCCGAAUCGAGAUCAAAAUGGGCGAAGGAUACUGGUGAUAGAGUUGGGGAAGAAAUGGAAGCACAACAAGUGCAGCCUGGACGAGGUGUUCAAGGGUUGCGUGCUGUACGUGGAGGCGGCCAUGUUGGAGCCGGCCACGCAGAUCGCGGGCGCGAUAGUCGUUUUCGACAUGGACGGGCUCACUCUUCAACAGGCUUGGCAAUUCACCCCCGCGUUCGCCAAAAGGAUAGUGGAUUGGCUGCAGGACGCCGUACCGCUCAGAAUAAAGAAUAUACACAUCGUUAAUCAGCCAUACGUGUUUAACAUGGUGUUCGCGCUGUUCAAACCGUUCCUUAGGGAUAAAUUGAAGAACAGGCUGAUCUUCCACGGCAAUGAUCGGAAAUCGUUGCACCAAUACAUCUCCCCCAAAUGUUUGCCAGCCUGCUACGGUGGAAACUUGCAACUUCCUCGUGUAACGGGGCCACAAUGGUUGGAAUUGUUAUUAUUAUGCGACAAGGAAUACGAUGCAAUCAACUCGUACGGUUAUAAGAAAUAAUUCAUUCGAUGCGCCUUCAUGCGAGGAUGUAAAAAGAGAGAUGAUCUGAAGAUAUAUAAUUUUUUCUUCUUCUUCUUCUUCUUUUUUUUUUUUUUUUUUUUUUUUUUUUUUUUUUGGGAAACUUUGUCGGCUGUGGAUUUUCUCGUUAACACGCUGAUCUGGAUUCAGCGCAUAGCCUACUUAGUUAUCUGUACGGUUAUUAUCUGCUUAUAAGCGGAUCAUUGCUAGUUUGACCUUUUAUAAUAUUAUUGCAAUUUAAAUUAUAAUGAUGAAUUAAAUUAAACAACAAUGAUGCUUUUUAUGAUGAGGAAUGGGAAAAGAAGUACAAACUUUUUCCAGUUUGUCGUAUUGUCCAUAUUAUUACUCGAAUUAAGAUUAGAAUUAGAAUAUUGUUAUGGAGAGAAAGAGAGAGAGAGAGAGAGAGAGAGAGAGAGAGAGAGAGAGAGAGAGAGAGAGAGAGANGAGAGAGAGA